GAACAAGAAAACCAAGUUCAUUUGCGAGCUGUUUCUGUUUCAACAGGAUCUUGUAACGACGCAUACAUUAAAAUUUAGUUCUGCUUUUGAUACGCAUUCGCGGCCGCAGGAAAAACAAGUCCCCUUCUUUACUCCUGUUACCGUAAUACAGAUUCUUUUUUCAAACUUUUUUAACGCAGCCCUUUUCAUCUUCGCUACAGCACGAUCUUUUAUCUCUCGAAAACCCAAACACAUAGCCUAAAUCAUGCCCUCCACCACGUCCCCCGCAAUGGACAAGAUGGCGAAAGACUUGCACAACAUGACGCUGGACAAUAUCAAAGAAGUCACCGGCCACGACCCGGAGGCGAAGCCCAAACCUUCCACUUUCAAGUACCUCUACGUCCCCGCGGUCGCAACCGAUCCGAUUGAGGAACUGGAAUUCCACGGCGUCGCGGAACUAGGAGAAGACGGGUUUAUUGAGUUGCUGAAAAAACACUUCGCGAAAUCCACCGCGAACGUGGACGGAGAGGUCGCAACCGUGGAUAAAGACGUAUUAAAGCAGAAUCUGCUUUCUCAUACGAAGAAAAACAACAAUGCUGCUGAUGCGGGAAAGGCUGCUGCUGCAAAAGGACAACCCGAUGUGGGGAUUUCCGCGGACCAGAUCAACAACCUCUCGCCGGAAAUGAUGGAACAAAUCACCCUGAUGCAAACCGUGGACAUCUUCCCUUUGUGUUUACCAACGGAAAAGUCGAAGCACAUCGGCGUGAACGUUUAUGUCGACGAUAAGGGCAUCGCGAAAAAACUCCCGAAAAAUACGCGGGUCACGGAUUUUGUGAACCAAAUCGGCUACGGGCAGAUUUUCCACGGGGAUGCGUUUCUAGGUCAUAUCCUGAGUAAAAACGUACCCACACCAGAGUUGUAAUGCAGAUUCGCAAAGACAGGAAGACUUGUAAUGCGCAUCCCCAUGAGAGCCAUUUCCAAUCGUGUUUUGGAAUUUGUGAUGCUGUGAACAGGAUGAGCAGAUGAAUCUGUGAUGCGGCUGCACUUGCUAACCUGCACUACACUGCAUAGUGCAACUUGUCAUGCGUGACUCACAAAACUCCUAGGUUUGUGUUGCAAAAUCCUCAUCCUGACUCUGGUGUGGGUACGUUUUUACUCAGGAUAGGUCGGGUGGAAGAUUCAGAGAAGGAUGACAUUUGGAAGAGAAGGGAUUUCAAACUGACGGAUAUGAGGUAUAGAAAAUGUUUGAUGAUUUAGAUUCGCUGCAAUGUUGGGAACAGAAUCUUUUUUGAUCUGUAAUAAACUAACUGUUCAGAUCUGUAAAAAUACUAACUCUCGUUCAUGACAGAUGGUCUUCUGCAACACAAAUUUAAAUUUGCAAACAUGAAAUCUAAAACAACAGCCUGACCUGCGACUGGGCCAAGGCUGCGGCGCACCAAAUCAAAACCAAGUCGACCGCGCAAGACAUGCAGCAACAGUACCAGCAGCAGAACCCGAACCUCGCCAACCUGAUGAACCUUCCUGGCAUGGGGCAGCAGGCGAUUACAACUGGAAGUCAGGACACUUCCCCGAAAGAAAACGUCGUUUAUAGAACGAAAGACGGGGUCGAGACAACCAACAAAUCCGAAGGCGCAAUUCUCUACGAGUGGCGGGACGCUGGAUCAGAAUUGGAAGUUUCUUUCCCGCUGUCGGCGAUCAGCUUUGAGGACCAGGAGACCAAACCGACGUCUUAUGAUAAAAAGAAAGUCAAGGUGGUUUUUAAAACGCAGAAUUUAGAAGUGUUGUACGACAAGGUCUCGGUUUUUAAAGCUUCUCUAUUCGAUUCCGUCGACGUGGACGAUUGCACGUGGUAUUUAACGGACAAAAACGCAUCGUUGAUGGUCUCGCUGGCGAAGAAAAACAGCGGGAAAAGCUGGAAGAAAUUGGCGAAAGUACCGGGGGCUUGA